AUGACUGCCUCUCCCAUCAAGACUGUUGCUGUGAUCGGCACUGGUGUCAUUGGAGCCAGCUGGACAACACUAUUCCUUUCCCAUGGCCUGAAAGUCAUUGCGACAGAUCCAGCACCAGAUGCGGAGGCGAAGCUUCUUGAAUAUCUGCACAAGAAUGCUUCUUCCAUUAAAAAUGCCAAACUGACUCCAGAAGAUUUCUUGAAGAACCUCACAUUCGUGAAAGAUCUCGAUCCUCAUCUUGGAGAGAUAGAUCUAAUCCAAGAAAAUGGACCUGAAAGACUGGACUUCAAGCGCCGUCUAUUUGCCCACUUGGAUGCAAACACCCCAGAGCAUGUGAUUAUUGCAUCUUCCUCAUCGGGACUUCCAUCUUCAGACUUCAUCACCGACUGCAAGAGGAAUCCAGCCCGUGUGCUGAUCGGACAUCCGUUCAACCCACCCCACUUGGUGCCCCUGGUGGAGGUCGUUCCCCAUCCUGGAACCGGCGAAGAAUACGUGACAGCUGCAUUCCAAUUUUACAGCAGUCUGGGCAAAGACCCUGUUCUGGUCAAGCGAGAAACCCCGGGUUUCAUUGCAAACCGGCUCCAGGCCGCUGUCUGCGCUGAAGCCUACAGCCUUAUCUCACGGGGCAUUAUUUCUGCCGAAGACCUUGAUAAAACUAUGACAUCUGGCCUUGGCCUUCGCUGGGCACUCUCCGGUCCUAUCAUGACCAAUACCCUCGGGGGAGGUGCAAACUUCGGUCAUUUCAUGGAUCACUUGGGCCCUGCGUUGAAGAGCUGGCUUGACGACAUGCAAAAGCAUCAAUUUGACUUUGAAUCGCGAGAAUCUGUCGAGGGUCUCAAAAGCACAGUCAAUGAGUGGGUCUCGGAUGUCGAUCUUGACGAAGUUGCGAAGAACCGGGACACCUUCUUGGCUGGUCUGGUAGCCGAUCGAUUCGGCGACAAGAAGAGUGAUAAUUAA